AUGGGCAAUAACCGGCGUCUUCCCGGGGCUUCUGUCUCUGACCAAGCUCCCGACAAUCGCAUCCAGCAGCUCAUCCAUCAAAUCAACGAGCAUGGCUACGCCAUUAUACCCAACGCCUUCUCCCCUUCAAUCGUAGCCGAAGCCAAAGCUGAAGUCGCCCGACUGACGGCGGAUCCCGAGAUAGCCGGGCCGGCGGCCGAAAAGGGUCGGAACACGUUUGAAGGGCAUCAGACGCAGCGAUUGUACGCGCUGGCGAACAAGUCGCGCGUGUUUGACGCCUUUGCGCUGCAUGAGGAUGUGCUUGCGCUAAAUGACUAUUAUUUGGAUCCGGGGUACUUGAUUAACUCGUUUCAGAGCAUAAAUAUCUUGCCGGGGGAGAGUGCGCAGACGUUGCAUUAUGAUCAUGGAUAUGUGACGAUGGAGAGGCCUCAUAAACCGGUCGGGACGGGCGUCAUGAUUGCACUCGAUGAUUACACGGCCACCAAUGGCGCAACUGUCAUCGUCCCCGACUCGCAUCUCUGGGAUUCUCACCGCGUGCCUUUGGACGAGGAGACGAUCCCCGUCGUCAUGCCGGCGGGAAGCAUGCUCUUCUUCCUCAGCACGCUGUGGCACGGUGGCGGCGCGAAUACAAGCGAUGGCAGCAGAUUAGCGCUGACGGCGCAGUACUGCCAGCCGUGGAUCCGGCCGAUGGAGAAUCAGAUCCUGGCGGUGGACUGGGAGAAGCUGGAUGAGAUUCCGGAGCGAUUGGUGGACAUGCUCGGGUAUAAGGUUGGGAACCCGUUUCUUGGGUUUGUGGACGGGGGGAGUCCGAGGGCGGCGGUGGGGAGGUUGUUGAAGAAGUAUAAGGGGAUUGCCGAGGCGAAGCUGUGA